CUAUCAGAAGAAACCUCAACCAGAAGGUUAAUUAAGGUUAUUUCUGAAGGAUAAAAUAACUUCUCAGUUCACAUCUACUUCUCAGGUCAAUAGAUUUAAAGACGAUGGCCUCGUACGAUAAGCAACUUAUCGAGGAAAAAAAUAAACAGCGGAUGGCCCUAAAAAGGGAAUACCUCAAGCAAAUUACGAAUCCUCACGUCCAAGGAGGUGGUCAUGUGUUUGACCCAGCACUACAGAGAUACAUCUCAAUGAAGAACACAAGGAUUGAGUUCUUCCGAGAAACACCCAAGACAUCAUUAAUGGGGUUUCUUUCCUUAGUUGUCCCAUUUGCAUUUGUAUUUUGGAUGUUCAAUAAUGAUCGGGUGAAAAGGGAGGCUGCAUUCCGCAGAGGGGAAGUUGCAUAUAAAGAUAGGGAUUUCAAAUUUCAAUAAUUUGCAGCUCAGUUGUAUCAAUUGUUAUGUUUUUCUAGUAUGCAAUAAUGAAUCCACCUUGAAAAUUAUUGUAAAUAAAUAAUUCAUUAAACUAUGCUGUUAUUUA